CGGCGAUAGGAGGCCGCGUCGCACAGUGACGCUCUGGCCCGACGCCGACGGUCUCUCUGUGGCUCCUGGAGGACCCGGCGGGCCGCGUAUUGGAGAGCCAAAGGCCAGGCCCCAACUGUGAGGCCUGACUCCUUGCCCAUACCACCCUCCCAUGGCCUGCCGCCCAGGACCAGGGUCUUGCUGAUGGGGUAACACAGCAGAGGGCCAGCAGAUGAAUGGACACCUGGAAGCAGAGGAACAGCAGGAUCAGAGGCCAGACCAGGAGCUGACCUGCAGCUGGGGCCACAGGCCUAGAAGCGCCCUGGACAGGGCCGAGGCCAUGGCCCCCCCACCGCCGCCACCAUUGGCCGCCAGCACCCCGCUCCUGCAUGGCGAGUUCGGCUCCUACCCGGCCCGGGGAUCCCGCUUAGCCCUCACUCUCACACCACAGGCCCUGCACAUACAGCGGCUACGCCCGAAGCCCGAAGCCCGGCCCCGGGGCGGCCUGGUCCCGCUGGCCGAGGUAUCAGGCUGCUGCACCCUGCGGAGCCGCAACCCCUCCGACUCGGCAGCCUACUUCUGCAUCUACACCUACCCGCAGGGCCGGCGCGGGGGCCGCCGCAGAGCCGCCCGCACCUUUCGGGCCGACGGGGCAGCCACCUACGAGGAGAACCGCGCUGAGGCCCAGCGCUGGGCCACUGCCCUCAUGUGUCUGCUCCGUGGACUGCCACUGCCUGGGGACGGGGAAAUAACCCUGGAGCUGCUGCCAAGGCCACCCCGAUUGCUCCUAUUGGUCAAUCCCUACGGGGGGCGGGGUCUGGCCUGGCAGUGGUGUAAGAACCACGUGCUGCCCAUGAUCUCUGAAGCCGGGCUGUCCUUCAACCUCAUCCAGACAGAACGGCAGAACCACGCCCGGGAGCUGGUUCAGGGGCUGAGCCUGAGUGAGUGGGACGGCAUUGUCACAGUCUCGGGAGACGGGCUGCUCUUCGAGGUGCUGAACGGACUCCUAGACCGCCCUGACUGGGAAGAAGCUGUGAAGACACCCGUGGGCAUCCUCCCUUGUGGCUCAGGCAACGCCCUGGCUGGAGCUGUGAACCAGCACGGGGGGUUUGAACCUGCCCUGGGUGUCGACCUGCUGCUCAACUGCUCGCUGCUCCUCUGCCGGGGGGGCAGCCGCCCGCUGGACCUGCUCUCUGUGACGCUGGCCUCGGGCUCCCGCUGUUUCUCCUUCCUGUCUGUGGCCUGGGGCUUCGUGUCAGACGUGGACAUCCAGAGCGAGCGCUUCAGGGCCCUGGGCAGUGCCCGCUUCACACUGGGCACGGUGCUGGGCCUUGCCACCCUGCACACCUACCGCGGACGCCUCUCCUACCUCCCUGCCGCUGUGGAACCUGCCUCCCCCACCCCUGCCCACGGCCUGCCCCGUGCCAAGUCCGAACUGACCCUGGCCCCGGCCCCGGCCCCGGCCCCACCUGUGACACACUCACCCCUGCAUCGCUCAGUGUCUGAUCUGCCUCUGCCCCUGCCCCAGCCUGCCCUGACCUCCCCUGGCUCACCUGAGCCCCUGCCCAUCCUGUCCCUCAAUGGGGGGGGCCCAGAGUUGGUCGGGGACUGGGGUGGGGCUGGGGAUGCCCCACUGUCCCCAGACCCCCUGCUGCCCUCACCACCUAGCUCCCCUAAGGCUCUACUGUCACCCAUCACCGAGGGGGUCCCAGAAAUGCCAGCCUCCUCUGGGCUCCCACCUCCCACCCCUGAUGCCCUGGGAGACAUCGCUACCGGGGGCCCACCUGACCACCUGCUCCCACCUCUGGGCGCCCCACUGCCCCCGGGGUGGGUGACGCUGGAGGGGGACUUUGUGCUUAUGUUGGCCAUCUCACCCAGCCACCUGGGGGCUGACCUGGUGGCAGCUCCCCAUGCGCGCUUUGACGACGGCCUGGUGCACCUCUGCUGGGUGCGCGGUGGCAUCUCGCGGGCGGCGCUGCUGCGCCUUUUUCUGGCCAUGGAGCGAGGCAGCCACUUCAGCCUGGGCUGCCCGCAGCUGGGCUACGCCGCGGCCCGUGCCUUUCGCCUCGAGCCUCUCACGCCUCGCGGCGUGCUCACUGUGGACGGAGAGCAAGUGGAGUAUGGGCCACUGCAGGCGCAGGUGCAUCCAGGCCUCGGCACCCUGCUCACUGGGCCUCCGGGCCGCCCGGGCCAGGAGCCUUGACCCUAAGGAAGCUUGCUGUCCGCCGGGGGCGGGGCCAGCAUUCCGAGGAGGCGGGCGGGGCCUAGGGGCGUGGCCUGGCUGCUAGAGUUAGGGAGAAGGCCCCACACGCAGGGACCCCUGCCCCGUCUCAGGAUUGCGCCGGCCCCCAGGGGACCAGAGGUAAUGUGGGAAGGAGUGUGGCCCGAACUCCAGGGGGUCGGGGUCAUCAUGGUCACCGACAAACGGGCUGGCCCCAAGGGUAGUGCCUGACUAAUGAGGGCGGAGCUCGGUCCAGACCCUCGCUUCCGGCUCGUGGGAGGCCAGGUCCGCUGAGGGCGGAGACUGUCUUACGCGUUGUCCAAUGACGGGACCUGGCAUGUACCGGCCGGGGAGGCCUUAGUUAAUUGGCCAGUCAGGGCCCGGUCUCGCCCUACCCACUCCGGUGCCUCCACUUAACUGGCCAAUCAGCCCAGGAGGGGCAGGUUCCCCGGGGCCGACGCUCGGAUUUGCACUAAUGUUCCUCCCACCCCCCCCGCCGGUGGGGACGAGGAAACUCAUUUCUCCCGUCUUCUGUCUCUUGUGCGUCCCCUGACCCCAAUCUUCAAAGCAAUUGAAAAGGUCUAUGCAAUAAAGGCAGUCGCUUCAUUCCUCUCA